GCCCGGAAGCGCGGGUGGCGCCGCGGCCUCAGGGCGGCUCCGGGAGGGCCGGGCCGGGCCGGGCGGACCGAGGGAGCCCCGGGAGCGGCGUGAGAUCUUUGAAAUACCACCAAGACUUGGUCACCAGGGGGUGGAUUGCUGAGGAUACGGCUCUGCCCUCUGCACUCAGGACAUGUAUGGCUGAAGGGCUCAGCCCCUUCCCUGGCUGCAGGGCAGCGCUGUUCUCCUUCCCACCAUGUGACCUGGCACACCUGCACAGCAAAUAGCUCCCUUUUUCAAAGAAUGAGCACAUGCCGAUGGUGCACGCAGAGUGGUGCUGACAGCACCGAUUUCCUGAAGCACUAUGCUACUCAAAGGCUGUCCCAGGAAGAUUUUGAAGGAUCCAAUGAUGAUCUCUGUUACUGCCUGGAGUGUGUGGUUGAAUACCACAAAGCGAGGGAAGAAUGUCCAAGGUUGCAUAAGGAUUUGUGGGACUUGGAAACCUCCCGCCUUGUUGCCCACAUGGAGAAAUCCAUGCAUGAAGAAAUGGGAGAAGAUGAUGAGUUGUUCCUGGUAGAUGAGAAUGGGGAGACACGUCUGUCUGGUUAUUUGGGCCCAAAUUUUGAGAACAACCUGCGAGUGCCCCUGCUGGAAAUACUGAAAUACCCAUAUCUGCUACUGCAUGAGAAAGUCAGUGAGCUGUGUGUAGAAGUGCUCUGUAGAAUGGAACUAAGUCAUGACUCCUUUCAGGUCUUUGAGAAAUACCCAGGAAUUUAUCUCUUUUUGGUACACCCAAAUGAGGUGAUUCGUCGAUGGGCCAUCCUAACAGCAAGGAAUUUAGGGAAGGUUGACAGGGAUGAUUACUAUGAUUUAGAGGAAGUGCUCACUUGUUUGUUCAAAGUUAUUGAGUUGGGGCUUUUUGAGAAUCCAGAUAUUUACAGCUCUUCAAUGUUUGAAAAGGGUAAACUCAUCCUUCUGCCAGCUCAUUUGUAUGAUACAUCCAACUACAAGAACUAUUGGCUGGGAAUUUGCAUGUUGCUGUCGGUGCUGGAAGAACAAGCUAUGGACUCUUUGUUACUGGGCCCAGCCAAACAAAAUGAUUUCAUGCAGUCCAUCCUUCACACUAUGGAGAAAGAAGCAGAUGAUGAUUCCACUGAYCCUUUCUGGCCUGCCCUGCACUGUUUCAUGGUUAUUUUGGAUCAGCUCGGAUCUAAAGUUUGGGGUCAGCUCAUUGAUCCUGUCCAAGCCUUUCAAACAAUAAUCAACAGUGUGAGCUACAACAAUGAAAUCAAAAAUAUUCGCUGUAGCUUUAGGAGGUCAAAAUCUGAACCAGAGUCAGACUACAGUGAUGACAUGAUUUCUUGCAGUCAGAUUGUGUAUAAUUAUAACACAGAAAAGCCUCAAAAGGACACUGGCUGGAAGGCUGCCAUUUGCCCAGAGUACUGCCCCAACAUGUAUGAAGAUAUGCAGACCCUGGCUAACAUGCUUCAGUCUGACAUUGGCAGAGACAUGCGUGUCCAUCACAGCACAUUCCUCUGGUUCAUCCCUUUUGUCCAGUCCCUCAUGGAUCUCAAGGACUUGGGUGUAGCWUACAUAGUAGAGGUCAUCCACUACCUCUGCUCGGAAAUCAAAGAUAUCCUCAUCGAAAGAAUCCAGCAGUGCGACAAAAUCUCCGAGUUCUUCCUCCUCAUCUUGGUGUCCAUCGUUGAACUACACAGAAAUAAGAAUUGCCUGCAUUUGCUGUGGAUCAGCUCCCAGGAGUGGGUGGAGGCAGUGGUGAGGUGUGCCACCCUUCCAAGCAGAGCCUUCACGCGGUGCAGCGAGAAGGCGCUGGGGCAGUGUGUGAAGGGCUCGGCAGCAGGAUCUUCCCAAGCACCCAGCUCGGUGCAGCAUGCCUGCGUGCAGCUCAUCCGCAGCCUGCUCAAGGAGGGCUACCAGAUCGGCCAGCACGCCCUGUGCAAGCAGUACCUGGACAAGCUCAGCCYCCUGCGGGGAAAUCGAGCUAUGGGAUGGCAGCUGAGCAGCCAGGAAACGCAGGAGCUGCAAAUGUGUUUAAAGCAGGUUAUAAGAAACAUCAAGGGCAAAGCAUUGAGCGCCUCUUUGGUUAGAGGAAGCAGUUCAAGUUCUACAGCUUUGCCAACCAUCUCUGUAAAGCAGGAGAGGAAUGCGUGUGAUGAUGGAUACAAGGCGAGUGGACAUGAGAGAGAGGACCUUCAUUCACCAUUUGUCCCGUCUAAGGAAUACAGAGAUUGUCAGGAGAACUCUGUCCAUAGGAGAAAGAAUUCCUGGGAAGGGGAAUGUAGAGACGCAUCUAGAAGUUCAACAUCUUGCACAUCCACAGAAGGCCUCUUGAUGAAUAUUAAAAAGGAACCCGAUGACUUGGCAGCUCAGGAGUAUACCUUCCCACAGAACUUUUUGGCAGCUAAAAUAGGUGGGAAGGUUCAGGAAAAUAGGAACUGUGAUCUUGUGGCAGGGAAGUGCAAUACGGAUGAUCAGUGCUUUAAUUCAAAUGCCCAGCAUUUGGAUUUGAGGAAAGGCAGAGAACUAGAAAUCAAACGUGAAGCAGAACCCGGAGAACCACCAUGUCUGUCUGCUCAAACUCAUCUUGAUUCUUGCAAUUCCUUGAAGAUGAAAAGUAUGCAGGAGACAAAUGUAAACAGUGUGUUCCAGUGCAGACUGGUCCCCAAUAAACAGGUGUCCAAAGAAGCACUACUAGAUUGCUCUAACUCUUCUAGAAAUGAGCCUGGUGUGCAGGGGAAGGAAGAUGACAGUACUUUGCAUUUAGGGCAUAAUGACACCUCACUGAAAAAGAUACCAACAGAAGAAAAAUCAGGUUCAUUGUUGUCUUUCUUUAGGARAAACGCUAACAUGCAAACUUCAAACCAGGAGCAGACUAAUUUAAAUGAUUUGGAUAAAUAUGACUGCAAAAAUCAAAUUCCGGACRCCUUUUGUAGGGAUAAAAUUUCAGCAUGUGGUUAUUUUCCAUUUAGCUCUGAAAACAAGAGGGAUACAAUCAGRCCACUGUCAGUGAAGCGUGAAUCAAGUGACAGGUUGUUUGAGUUUUCAGAAUAUUUCAAGAGGGAAAACAGUUCAGURGGGAAGAAGGAGGAGGAUUUUGUGAAAACGGUUUCUGAAGAUGAUACUUUAUCUGACUCCCAGGUUGAUAGAGAUCUCAGUAAAUUAUCUUUAGCUGCUUAUGCCAAAAGUGUCAAUUUUUCUCUUGCRUCCAGCCAGGAAAGCUCAGUGCACCCCAAUGUGUCUGAUGUUAAAAGGAAAGUGAAAGGUACUGUAAGAUCUUCUGAGGGCCAAAGUACCAGGUAUCCCUGUGGUGCAGAUCGCCUAAGCAAUCAAGUAAUUGUAAUUUCAGACUCUUCUGAUGAGGAAAAAAGUGUGCCUGAGAAGGAGGAAACAAAAACCAAGAAUGAAAAUAUGUGUGCAGAGCAGUCUUCAACUUCCAGCAGCAUUUCUGAUAGUGGCACUAAAACAGAAUCUAAGUCUCCAGACUCUCCUGUGUUACUGGAUGACUGUGAUUCUCAGUACUUUGAAUUUGAAACAGAAGCUGAGGUUUUUUCGGCUUGGCAGGAUACUCAAGCGUAUGCUAUGGAAGCAACCCAGGAGUAUAAACAAGAUAAUGUUUCACCAGCAGAUGAGAGAAGUAAUUCAGAUGACUUCCUGGAAGACAAUUUAAAUUAUUUGGGUUAUGAUCUGGAUUAUUUAAGUGAUGACGCAAUGGAUGAAGCAGAAAGCUCCACGGAAAAGCAGACGGAAGAUGCUUCUCAUCAGAAAAAUGCUGAUGAAACAAAAGAAGCGACUAAUUCAGCAUUGCAGGAGUCAGUUAGCAAGGAAGAUGCAAAAGGACUGGAGAAAUGUGCAGACAAAGGUACUGCUAAAGGCUUCACCCCGGACUCAAAAUUGCCUGAAGCCAGAACAUCUACAUCUCCCAUCACCCUGGACUCAAAACUGCCUGAGCCCAGAACAUCUACCUCUCCCAUAUCAUUAGCUUCAAAGUUGGCCCUUAAGAAAAACAGCACAAGCCCACGGAAGACCACAGCAAAAUGUAAAUCAGCACCRGCUGUUCAGAGAAGUCCUAAAAAGCCUCCUGUUGUUAAAACAGCCAAAUAUAAAACUCCUCUUCAAAGCAUGGCAGAACGUUCUCAGCCUGGCAGGUCAAUGCCUGCUGUGGUUCCUCCAAGGAAAGUUCGGCAGAGUCCUGCUCCAACAUCAACUGCAGAAAAGCUGGGCCUGAAGAAAGGCCCCCGCAAAGCGUUCGAUUUGUCCCAGCCCUCCCUGGAGAGCCUGGCUCAGCUGCGCAGCCAUGGCAAAGCUGCAGGCAGAAUUGGAGUGACACAGAAAAAGAGGACCAAACUCACUGAGGCCCAGCGUUUGUCUGUAAAACAUCAUAAAAAACUGCUCAUCUGCCAAGAGCGUUCGUAUUCAAGGCAGAUAAGGCCCAAAAGUAGUGUGAAAAAUUCUGCAGGAAGUUCAGAGAUCAGAAACAAAGUUACCAAAGCCUGCACAAAACCUAUGGAGCAAAAGCCUCAAAGUUUUGAAUUGGCAUCUAUUAAAGAAUCUGUWGAGAAUCAAAGGGAGAAAAAAAGAGAAGACACUGUUUGUCCCUCUGCCAGUGAGAGAAAAUUGGAGAAGCUCUCUGUGGAGGAAGUGGCAAGUGCCUCUAAAAUGCCUCUCUCUUCAGAAUGGAACAGAARAUGGGAGGAUACCAGUGUGGUGGUUCCUUCUGUCCCUAUGGAUUCAAUCUCUUYCACAGCACUUGGAGAUAAUAAAGAUGCGUCUUCAGGAAAAGAUUGCMCUGCCCUGCCUGAGUGUGAGAUGAAAAGUUCAAAACAAAAUGGGUGUAAAUUCGAUGAAAACAGUGAUGAAGAUGAUGAUAAUCUGUUUUUAACUCAGUUAGACCCUGUGGAUAUGGAGUUAUGUUCUCAGGAGGAAAGUAUUCAAAAUGAUGCUACAGGUAGUAAGAACCCAGAGGAAAUGGAUGUUGGUGAAAGCCUUCAGCAGAAUGAGCCCUCAGCUGUUGUGAAAUGUCAGUACAAAGACUGUAUGGAAAAGGUGGGAAAACCUGGAGAACACUGCAGUAAACAUACAGCCACYAGCUCAGGGGCAGAUCACGUGUUUGCCAAGCCUUCUCUUCCRCCACCYAAARUAAGAAAACCUUCCACCACCAAAAUUUUCAGCACARCAAGUUCUUCACGGAACGCMGCCUUCAGCAGAGAUCUSGAAGAUGUUCGGAAGUUACCUCCACCUUCAAAAAGCAAAGUGAAUGCAGCCAAACCAGUGCUGGUCAGGCCACCACCACAUCCAAGGACUGCACCAGUAGGAAAUCCAACGUGCAAAUCUACAAGUGUCAGUAAGGUCCCUCAACCCCUUAGUUCCAGUAAUGUUCUCCAGCCACAAAACAGAUACUAUGACAAUAUUUCAAAUAUUUCCAGAGGGCCAGGCCGAGAAACCUACUCAUCCUUUCUUGGYGCUCAGCAGCGUGAUUACAGCAUUUUUGUUAAUCAAGUCCUAAAGUGGACUUACGAAAUGUUUGCAAACUUUGUCUACUUUGGAACUCCAAAUAAUCUUCUGCAGUCCAUAGUAGCCUCUGUUCCCGUCCAAUUUCAGGGCUACAAUGACUAUUUUAAUACCUUUUUCCCCUUGAUGAUGCUCAACGCCUUUGAAACACUGGCACAAGAAUGGGUAGAAAACCAGAAAGUAAGAGAGAAAAGUUACUGCUUCUACUUACAGAACUUUUCUGCUGAUAUGAAUACAGCACAUUUUACAGCUCAUUUACGAGASAGUGAUUUGGCAAGGCAACUUCAUCCAAAGGAGGAUGACUUAAUCCUUUUGGUGGUCCACAAGGAGAAAGACACCUUUGGGGAAGAAAGUGGGACAGAGAACCACAUAGUAAAUCAUGUUGGCCUCGUGACACGAUUUUCUCGUGCAUCUGGCUAUCCAAAUAGACAAAAGGAGCAGCAAACUGCCUGUCAUCUUACUGUGCAAACCCGAGGCAAUUUGUCAUUCUUCAUCCACAAGCAAGUGAAGUGUGUAGUGGUUGGCUCCCUGGUGACCACACACAGAGAGUUUAAAGGUCUUCUGCUGCUGAGCAGAAGCCCCCUGGCUAAACCCAUCAUAAAUCCAAGUUACAAUGACUUCUGCCCCAGAGACCUGCCUGUAACCUCAGGAAGCGCUGYUUCAUAUAUGAAUGAAUACAAUGAAGAUCAAAAGAGAGCCAUUGAGACAGCUUAUGCCAUGCUAAAGCAGCACCCAGGGCUUCCCAAGAUCUGCCUUAUCCAUGGACCACCUGGGACAGGGAAAUCAAAAACUAUUGUAGGACUUCUGUCCCGUGUUUUGAGAGAAAACACCAGGAAUGAGAAAACAGCUUGGAAAAGAAAUUCCAAGAUUAAGCCAAACCGUUUUCUAGUUUGUGCGCCAUCAAACGCUGCUGUUGAYGAACUCAUGAAAAAGAUCAUCGUUGCAUUUAAGGAAAAAUGUCAGAACAAACAGGAGCCUUUGGGAAAUUGUGGUGAUAUCAAAUUAGUGCGACUUGGUGCUGAAAAAUCAAUCAACAAUGAAGUCCGGGCGUUCAGCCUUGAUAAGCAAGUUGAACACAGAAUGAAACGAAAGCCAGGUGACUGUGACCAGGAUAUUCAGAAGAAGAAAGAAGCCCUGGAUCAGAAGCUGGACAUGCUGUCUCGAGAGCGUGCCAUGCACAGAUGUGAAAAGAGAGAGAGUCAAAUGUUAAAUGAUGAAAUUAGCAGACUUGCAAAGGAGAGACAACAGCUGGCUUCUCAGCUAAAGGAGGUUCGGGGGCACUCCCAGAAAGUGCAGGCAGACAUCAUCCUGGAGUCUGACAUCAUCUGCUGCACGCUGAGCACCAGCGGGGGGAGCCUGCUGGAAUCGGUUUUCUCCCGGCAGGGGCUCGAUCCCUUCAGCUGUGUCAUCGUGGAUGAGGCAGGGCAGUCCUGUGAGGUUGAAACACUGAUUCCACUGAUCCAUCGCUGCAAUAAACUUGUCCUUGUUGGAGAUCCCAAACAGCUCCCUCCKACUGUCAAAUCAGUAAAAGCUCAGCAGUAUGGCUACGACCAGUCCUUGAUGGCCCGUCUGCAGAGGCACCUGGAGGAGCAAGUGCAGAGGAACRUUCUGCACAGCCUGCCCGUGGUGCAGCUGACCGUGCAGUACAGGAUGCACCCAGACAUCUGCCUCUUCCCAUCCAACUAUGUUUAUGGCAGGACCCUAAAGACUGCCAAAGCAAUAGAAGAGAACAGAUGUUCUUCAGAGUGGCCAUUCCAGCCCUACCUCAUUUUUGAUGUAGCUGAUGGUCGUGAGGAGCGAGACCACGACUCUUACAGUAAUCCUCGGGAAGUGAAGCUGGUGAUGGAGUUAAUAAGAACAAUUAAAGAAAAAAGGAACGAUCUGGGCCUUCGUCGCAUUGGAAUAAUCACCCCUUACAGUGCACAGAAAAAGAGAAUUCAGGGACAGCUGGACAGUGUGUUUAAGAAUAACAGCCCAGGAGAAGUGGACACAGUGGAUGCAUUCCAGGGACGGGAGAAGGAUUGCAUCAUUGUGUCCUGUGUCCGGGCAAACAGCUCCGAAGGCUCCACUGUGGCUUAUGUCCAGGCAAACAGCUCCAAAGGAUCCAUUGGGUUUCUGGCGAGCCUCCAGCGACUGAAUGUCACCAUCACCCGAGCCCGGUUCAGCCUCUUCAUCCUGGGCCGGCUGCAGACUCUCAUGGAAGAUAAAAACUGGAAUCACUUGAUUCAGGAUGCUCAGAAAAGAGGGGCCAUUAUCAGGACAACAGAAAAAAAUUACAAGAAAGAGGCUCUGAGGAUUUUGAAGCUCAGGCCACCAGGACAGCCCCCAGCCAAAGGAGGGACGAUGACAUCUCCUGCAGUGCAGGCUGCUKCUUCCAGUGGCAAGAGGGUUGAGCCUGGAAAUCCUGGGAACAGCCCACGGGAAUGUACUGUUGGCCCUGGCCAUGCAGUGCCCCAAGCAAGCCGAGAGCCUGCACAGCCUCCAGGGGCUCCAGCUGCAGAUUCCAGAAGGGGCAAUGUCCCUGUGCCUGUGGGAGCUCCAGCUGCAGAUUCCAGAAGGAGCAGUGCCCCCGUGCCUGGGGGAGCUCCAGCUGCAGAGUUCAGGAGGGCCAGUGCCCCUGCACCCUUGGGGGCUGCAGCACUUGCUGCCCUCCCAGAGAAGCCACGGGACCCGAGGCUGGCRAGCCUGGCCAGUCGAAUUGAAGCCAAAGGGAAGGAGCAGCCCUUGAAGGACGGCCCUCGGUCAGCCCAGAGCAAUCCAGGAUCAGCAGCACAGCAAGGCCUGGACRUGUCCUCAGCUGCCAGGGAUCAGAUUUGCAGAACAGAAGGUGCCAAGAAGGCCCAGCAAACACCAGGACAGUGCAAAGUCCUUCCCACAGCAMCUCUCACGGCUCAGCACGAGGGUGACCAGAGGGGAGCUGUGUCCAAAAGCGAUUCCAAAGCCCCCAGUGAAGGAGGUCAGAGCAGUAGCAGUGAGUGGARCAAAGACUCUCGUGGUUUAUCAAGGAGACCAUCCCAGGAAUCACCAGAGAACACAGAAUCAAGCUCUGCCAAGAGAAGAAAGAUCUUUCCCUGACUACUAUCAGCUCAUUACCGAAAAUCUAUUCCCAGAUUUCUGUCUAGCAAGGACUGUAUUUUAAAUUAUUUAGCACAACUGGAACUCCCUUAUAUUGAUAUCACUAUUAUGAGCAGAUCUCUUCCCCAUCCUGUCCCUAAUUGUGAAGGGACUUACUACCUGACAGAUGGUACCUUGGAGGUUUUGAAAAGAGAAGUUGGGUAGCUGCAUUGCUUGGAAGAGCAGAGGGUUUAGUCAUCUAGGAAGCUGAGGUUGUAAAUGUUUAACGAUGUAUAUUUGUACAGUAUACAGAAUUAUUUUAAGAUAUUUAGCAAAUACAUUGCUUCUUGUUUCCUUGUGUAAAUGCUGAUUUCUUAGAGAUGUAAUUUUUUAUGAAGAACCAGAGUAAAGCAAAACCAAAACCCAACAAACCAACCCCAAAAUCCAAAAGGCAGACUUYCUUCCCCUUUGCACUAAUAUGUCUAAUUUAUUUCAUAGCAAAAUUGAAUGUUGAAAAUGUGGUAGCAGUGGUUCUUCCUCAUGYUCCACUGCUGCCUCAGGGAGGAGUGAGGCAGAUGUACAUUAGUUGAAUUGUGAGAAUUCUACUUAUUUUGUAUAUUUUAUUGCCUGUUUUUAUAGGAACAGAAAAGUUUUUGUUUAUACAAAUGUGCCUUGAGUUUUGCUCUUGCUGCUGCCCCCAUCAGUUGGAAUCCCUUUCUUGUUGCAGUGGCAACACAAUCUGCAGAUUAAAGCCURUGAGGUUUGUUUGGUCCUACUUGUGUCCUUGUGAGGAGGAAUCAACAGCACUGUGGAAUCUUGAGCCAUAAUCUAGUUAACAGUUAUUGCUAAUAUUGCUUGGGUUUCUUUGUAUGGAGCUUUUGGAGAUCUACAGGGAUAAAAGGGCAGGUAGGUUUUCCUACAUGGUACUACUGAAUUCUUUCACUGUGCUGAUGAAGAAUAUGCAGCCACUAAAAUAGGACAGCAAAAAAACAAAUUAUUUUUAAGAAAACCUUCCUCUUGUCAUAACAUUUCACAAUAAAAGUGGAAUUGUUUCUACUAAGAAUUCCUUUGGGUCAUUGUGGAGCAUCACUAUUUGUUUUCUGGAGCUUGUGUGUGUCUCAUGGAGGUGAGGACCAGCAUUUCACACGCACUGAGUUCUGUUUGGAGAUCAGUGCAGAUCUCAGGGAAGGGAGGAGCUGCAGUGUYGGUACCAGCUGGGUGUGCUGGGAGUGGGUCAGGUUGUGCCAUGUUCAGGUGUG